GGGGCCUUAAAAUAUUGAUGCAUUUUGAAGUAUAAACAACCAUAUCGAUGCAGUGUAUGUCAAUAACGUCGUUUGGGUUGCCGGUUAGGGCAACGCAUGACCAUUUGGAACGGAGACUGACGGAAUAAUAAACCGUCUAGACAGACCCCGUAACCCAUUUCCGUCUCCAGUCCCCUCUCGGCUUCCACCACCAAUACAGCCGCGCAUGAUAAUCACACCUUUUCUCACUCUACUUUCCUAUUCUAUAUUAUCACACCACACUUUCUCAUCUAUCACGACUAUCUCUCGCCGGAUUUCGAUCGCAGAAUCCAUUUUCUCCGAUCACCUCCGUUCCUAUUCCAUUUCUUCUGUACGGACGAUACUCCGUAUUCCUGGUGACUAUUUGUUUCUUUUGUGGAAUGUUCAUUGAAUAACAGCUUGCUUUCAAGUUUCAACAUAUAUUACUCCUUGUAGUUGAUCAUGGGAUCUGCUUGCUGUAUAGCUGCAAAAGAUAGAACCACAGCAAAUCGAUCUACCCGUGAUAUUUUGCACAGGAACGUCAGAUAUUCACCAUCUUGGAGCUUUCGUUGGGAUAAUCGAGGGCGAGUAGUAGGGGAAGAUACCACUUUUAAUUGGUCUUCUGAUGGAGUUAGUGGUACUGAUAGAUUUGAUUUUAAGUCUAGGACAACAGUAGAAGCAGUAUUUGCCUCCGAAGAGGGAAGUCCAUUGGAUAGUUUCCGGUCGCAUCCCUGGCAGAAGUCACCAACAUCUGAAAGAAAUGGUGAAAUCAUAUCACAUCCUUCAUCAGAUCCUUUCGUGGCCACAAAUUCUACAGAGAUAACGGAGUCAACAAGAUCGCCUGCAGUAACUUAUCCUUCUCCUGCACAACCAGCCUCACCUUUAUCUAAUGAUGAAAGUCAACAGCUUCCUUCUGUGAAAUUGGCUCAAUCAAGUUCACUCAUGCUCCCAGGUUGGAGCAAUGAAUCAAAUCAUGGUUCCCAUGGUGGAUCAUCAGAUGGUUGGUCCAUUCCCACAUUUCAUGAAUUCCUACCAACUCCUCCCCGUAGAGAAAGGUGGUCUUUUGACAGCGAAAGCUUAAGUUUUUUUUGUGGGAGAACUCCUGGUUCUCCCUCUUUAGAUCUCAGAACAUGUGGUAUUUGUGUCAAACUAUUAACUGAGAAAUCCUCAUGGGGCGGUAGGAAAGCAAUAUCCUCUAAUGAAAUUGCAGUUGUUUCUGUCCUGACAUGUGGGCAUGCUUUCCAUGCCGAGUGUUUGGAAAAUAUGACAUUGGAGAUCAACAAGUAUGACCCGACUUGCCCCAUCUGUACUCUUGGGGAGAAACAGGUGUCUAAGAUGUGCGAGAAGGGUUUGAAAGCCGAGAUGAAUUCGAAAGCUAGAAAGAAAUACAGAAAUCGAGUUGUGGACAGUGAUUUCAAUGGAAACCUUGCAGGCAUGUUAGACGUGGGAAGGUGUCCCAAGACAAGCUCUUCAAGCAGGCCAUCAUUGAGACGGCACUUUUCAUUUGGUGGAUCAAAGGGGACGCCAAGAUCAUUGUCUGAGAAUGAUCCUGCUCGCAAAAGGGGUUUUUUCUGGACAAGAUCUAGCAAGGAGAAAGCUUCUUCAUGGGCACCACAAUAGUUGAGCAACAUCUCUGUAUUCUUGGUUUUCUUUUUCUUGUGUUUUCACCUGCCAUUUAAUCAUUCCACUAUACACUAUUACUCAAUAUGGUAAUCAACGUUAUUGGACUCAUUUUGGUCUUUAACCAUGAAAUUCAGAGCCAUUAACUAAAUUCAGACCCAAUGUUGGUCAACUGUGUUCAAGUUGACUUCACGUGUAGCUACUUUACAAUCGUCCAGAUGGAUACUAAAUGAUAAUGUUCAUGUUCAUAUAUUAUCUGGAUGGGUGUUCGAGUAUUAAAGAUGAAGUAAUUCCAAGGAAGAUAGACCUGGAGUAUGUAACUUGGAUCUAUCUGUCUUCAGAGUACAAUUUUUUCAUAUUGGGUAGGUUGAGUCUAAAAUUAUGUCAUCGAGCCAAAUUGAGUAAAAGUGUAUAGUUGAAAGACCUAAUGGUGUAUUACCUCUAAUUUUUCUUGAAGGCCAUCUUUUCUUUACUUUAUUGCGGUUGGUACUGUUUGUAAGAUGUUUUGUUUGUUUUGACAUCAUUUCUACCUCUAUACAGAAACUGAGAAAGUGAGCAGGGCCAUCUUCUGAUGCUCUCUGUACCUCUGCUGGUCAUUGGAGGGCUGGAAAGGAGUUGAGAACCUCACAGGGGGUAUGAUUAGGUUGCUAUGUUGUCAGAUUUAGGUUAAGCUUCUGCAAACAGAAAAUAGAAUGUAAAGUAGGGGAAGAAGAACAGAUCGAAGGUUCCCAUAAGAAUAUGAAAAAAGAUAAAGCGGAAAAUUACGUUGCUUAAUUGUAUGUCAUUUGUUUUGUGGGUUUUAAUUUAUUUAUGUACAUUUGGUUUGGUUUGGUUUUGUUUGAUAAAUCUCAAGUGCAUGAAUUAUUGUAAUUGAUGGCAAUUAGCAUUUUCAUCGUUGUCAGUAAAUGAGGUGUUUGAGUUU